UUGGCCCACCCAUUUCAUUUGCCUUUCGUUUACUGGCUUUAAGGCAAAAGACAUGUUUGCCCCUCCUUCACCCUCAAAAGCCGGUGGCCUGAAUUCGUGCCGUCCGGUUCGUCGGGGCCCAAUUCAUCCCCCAACUAGUAAUUUAUAAGUCAAUGAAAAAAAAAAAAAAGUCACCGUCUUCGAUGGACACUAGAAGAAGCUAACCGAGCAACUUAAAAGCCUUUGUCAAAAUAAACGUGAACAAGAAACUUUGCAGUUCACGGUGGCUAUAGGAAACAAAGAGCUUGAACAUGGAUGAAGAUCACAGUAACGGCGGCUUUUUGGAGACUGGAAAAACUGAUAAAUCGGUCUGGUUAAUGAAGUCCCCAGUCGUGGUAGCCAAGUCAUGGAAGAGCGAGGCUGCUUCUGCUUCCAAUUCUCAGCCGGUCGCCAAGGUUGUCCUCUCUCUCGACCCUCGCAAACCCGACGACCCUUCUUCUCUCCAGUUUACCAUGGAGAUGGCUGGACCCGAGGCUGGAAGUAUACCCAAAAUUUACUCUUUGAAUAUGUCUAAAGACUUUGUUCCUAUGUGUGUCUUUUCUGAAACAAGUCAAGGUAGUGUUGCAAUGGAAGGAAAGGUUGAGAAUAAAUUUGACAUGAAACCACAUGAACAAAACCUCGAGGAGUAUGGGAGGUUGUGUCGUGAAAGGACAAAUAAGUCCAUGAUCAAGAAUAGACAAAUACAGGUUAUUGAUAAGGACCGUGGAGUGCACAUGAGGCCAAUGCCUGGAAUGGUUGGCCUGAUUUCAUCUAACCCCAAGGAUAAGAAGAAAACAACGCCAGUUAAACAAUCAGAAAUGAAAAGAACCAGAAGGGAUCGUGGGGAAUUGGAAGAUAUAAUGUUCAAGCUGUUUGAAAGACAACCUAAUUGGGCUUUAAAGCAACUUGUCCAAGAAACUGAUCAGCCUGCUCAAUUCCUGAAAGAGAUACUGAAUGAGCUCUGUGUGUAUAAUAAGAGAGGCACCAACCAAGGAACUUAUGAACUUAAGCCAGAGUAUAAAAAGUCUGUGGAGGACACAGGAGCUUGUAAUUUCAAUUAAUGGGGACAAGUCUAAAAGAACCCCUAAUGAAGAGGAUAGAGAGAAAUAGGGUGCAAUUUAAACAAUCUUUGAUGACGUCUGAUAAGGGGACUAAGGAGGCAAAUAUAUCUAAAUCAAAAUAUAAUUUCAAAGCCUGACCAAUAAUAAUAAUAGCAUCUAUUGUGAUAUUCAUAUUGCGUGUAUUUGCAUUUUGGUGCUGCUUGUGUCAGGGUCUGUGCGCAAGUUCUAAACUAAGUGGGUUAAGAGACCCAGCUUGUAUGAGUUGGUGCGGGCAAAGGACCGUGAAACUUGUGUAUCAACUACGGUGGGACUGUGUGCUGUUUAACUAGUUUUUUGCAGGGGUCCAUCAGGUUCUUACCUUUUGUUUCUUGUGCUUCUGUUUACCCUUUCGUCUUAAUAGGCUGAAUGAGACUCGAGAUCCUAUAGCUA